AUGGCUCAGUCAUAUUUCGAAAGCAACAUUGCCACCGCCGCCCUGAAGGAUCAGCUCAGAGCGGUGCAGGCAAAAAACGCCCCGAACAAGCCUGAAUGGGCUAGUUCUCAACAGAAUGAGCAGCCAGUCUCGACCAAAGGACCUCGACCGCUGCGCCUUGUUGAGAAGUACAACAAAGAAAAAGACGACUCUUCGACCAAUCACAACACCCCAGACACCAGUACCAUAAGCGCUCAGAAGACCGAGAUUACCGCCGAAAGCCCUCACUGCAGCGGCGCCAUCCAGGACGACUUGCCGAUUCAGAUGGUGGACGCCGAGCAUGGACAACAGCUCCCGGAGAAUUCUUAUCGGCAGAACUCAGAGCACCUCCAUGUCCACGAGAGCGCGAGUACUGAUCAUGUAACUGACCAAGGUAGGCAGCUAGCCGAGAAUGGAGAACUACCGCCAAUCAAGACAUUCUGGGAAAAGGUCGAGUCUGCGCUGUACCUCUACCAGUUGCGAACCCAUGGCGACAAGGAGGAGCAUCCCUUCUACCGCGCUAGGGCCAAGGCUUUCUCUAUGCACAAAGCAGUUGGCAUUCUCGCCGCCUUUUCAGUGAGUCUGUUCUUUUCAGUCGGAAUAUUUCUUGCCAGAGAUAAUGUUCAACCUCCUCUGAAUCUCCCCUUUAUGUUCACUUGGAUCGCUAUCAGCGGCAUUGUAGUCCUCUGGGCCAUAGUGGCUAUCAUCCUGAUUCAGUGCUCUAAAGGAGGGCUCAAGCACGACUUGGAGGUCGCUAGACUGGGGGACGCUUUCAAUGCCACCACUUCUGGGGACGCUGGUUCAGAAGGAUGCUUCGUGAACGGUGAGCGCUAUGAGGGCCAGCAGCCUCCCAAACUGGACUCCAUCACAGAUGAAGCUCAUACGCAGGCAAACGGCCGAGAAGCCCCGGAGGCUUCUGGUUCUGGUACGCACCCAAGUCUUGAUGUCAUCCGUGAGUCGAAAGGUAACUGGGCUAACAACACAAAAGAGGAGUUAUCUAAGUUGUCGGUAACAUCAGAGUAA